AUAUCCAGUACAAUACAAGUUUGUAAGCAUUUCUUUUCUGCACGCCGCAGAAAAUGAAGACGAGUGCUUUACUUGUGGCUUUUGUGUUCUUCAUAUCUGUGAGGUCAGGCUCGGCUCAAUAUGAGUCAAAUGAGGAGAUGCCUGAAGCCGAGCUGAUGCGGGAUAUGAAACAGGAGAUGGAAGAAACGGACGAGAGUAUUAUACCUGAGACGAUGACGCUUGAGACCGAGUCGAUUCGAGAUACAGGAAUGGAAAUGUCAGAGUUCGAGGAGAAUAUGAUAUCAGAUGAGUUUGAGACUGAGGGUGAGGAGACAGAGAAUUUAAAGCUGGAGACACCAGAAUUCGAAGAGGAUACGAUACCAGACGAGUUAGAACCUGAGGCUGAGGAGACAGAGAAUUCUGAACUGGAGACACUAGAAUUCGAGGAGGAUAUGAUAUCAGACGAGUUCGAGUCUGAGGCCGAAGAGACGGAGAAUUUGAACCUAGAGACACCAGAAUUCGAAGAGGAUACGAUGCCAGAGGAGUUAAAAUCCGAGGCCGAGGAGACAGAGAAUUCUGAACUGGAGACACUAGAAUUCGAGGAGGAUAUGAUACCAGAAGAGUUAGAGUCUGAGGCCGAAGAGACGGAGGAUUUAGAACUGGAUACACCAGAUUUCGAAGAAGAUACGAUGCCAGAGGAAUUAGAGUUUGAGACCGAGGAGAUGGAGGAUUUAGAACUGGAGACGCCAGAAUUGGAAGAAGACUUAGAGUCUGAGACCGAGUUGACGGAGAAUUUAGAGCCGGAGAAUUUAGAACCGGAGAAUUUAGAGCCGGAGAAUUUAGAGCCGGAGAAUUUAGAGCCGGAGAAUUUAGAGCCGGAGAAUUUAGAGCCAGAGAUACCAGAAUUCGAGGAGGAUACGAUACCAGAGGAGUUAGAGUCUGAGGCCGAGGAUUCAGAGGAUUUAGAGCUGGAGACACCAGGAAAACCCCACAACACCGUCAAUGAAGUAUUCAAUAACAUGAACAACUGUUGCAACAAGUGUAAAUAUGUGAAGAUUUUAUCAGAAUUAGAAGAGGACAUAGAGCCUGAGACCGAGGAGACGGAAAAUUUAGAGCUGGAGACACCAGAAUUGGAAGAAGACUUAGAGUCUGAGACCGAGUUGACGGAGAAUUUAGAGCCGGAGAUACCAGAAUUCGAAGAGUAUACGAUACCAGAGGAUUUAGAGACUGAGACCGUGGAGACGGAGGAUUUAGAACUGGAGACGCCAGAAUUCGAGAAGGAGACAGAGAAUUUGGAGGCCGAGGAAGAAACAGAAAAUUUAGAGGCCGAGGAGUCGGAGAAUUUAGAGACCGAGGAGUCAGAGAAUUUAGAGGCCGAGGGGUCAAAGAAUUUGGAGCUGGAGAUACCAGAAUUCGAGGAGGAUACGAUACCAGAGGGGUUAGAGUCUGAGGCCGAGGAUUCAGAGGAUUUAGAGCUGGAGACACCAGAAUUCGAGGAGAAUACAAUACCCGAAGAGUUAGAGUCAGAGUCCGAAGAGACGGACAAUUUAGAGUUGAAGACAUCAGAAUUCGAGGAGAAUUCGACACCAGAGGAAUUAGAGUCUGAAGAUGAAGAGACGGAGAAUUUAGAACUAGAGACACCAGAAUUCGAGGAGACUACAUUACCAGAAGAGUUAGGGUCUGUAGCCGAAGAGACGGAGGAUGUAGAACUAGAGACACCAGAAUUCGAGGAGAAUACGGUAGAAGAAGAGUUAGAAUCAGAGGCCGAAGAGACGGAAAAUGUAGAGCUGGAGACGCCAGAAUUAGAAGAGGACUUAGAACCUGAGACCAUGGAAACGGAGGAUUUCGAGCUGAAGACACCAGAAUUCAAGGACGAUACGAUAACAGAGGAGUCAGAGCCUGAGACCGAGGAGACGGAUAAUUUAGAACUGGAGACACCAGAAUCCAAGGAGAAUACAAUUUCAGAAGAGUUAGAGUCUGAGGCCGAAGAGGCAGAGAAUUUAGAGCUGGAGACACCAGAAUUCGAAGAAAAUAUGAUACGAGAAGAGGUAGAGUCUGAGGCCGAAGAGACAGAGAAUUUAGAAAUGGAGACACCAGAAUUCGCAGAGAAUACGAUACCAGAGGAAUUAGAGUCUGAGGCUGAGGAGACGAAGAAUUUAGAGCUGGAAACCCCAGCAUUCGAAGAGUAUACGAUACCAGAAGAGUUAGAGGCUGAGGCCGAAGAGAUGGAAAAUUUAGAAAUGGAGACACCGGAAUUUGAAGAGAAUGCGAUACCAGAAGAGUUAGAGUCCGAGGCUGAGGAGACAGAGGAUUUAGAGCUGGAGACACUAGAAUCUGAGGGGAACACCAUGUUGGAAUCUGAGGCUGACAAGACGGAUAGUUUUAAAGUCCCAGGAUUGUUGGAGGAUAUGGCACCAGAGGGGGUACAACAAACUGGGCUGCAAGUGGAGUAUUUAGUAAAUGGGCCUCCAGAAUUCGGGAAUACGCUAUCAGAGGAGUUAGAAUCCCAGGCUGAGGAGACAGAUGACUAUAAGCUGGGAAUGCCAGAAAUGAAGAAUAAAAUAGCACCACCAGACGUAGAGGCAAUUGAAUCACAGGAAAAGGCCUUACUGCUCCAAUCGUCAGAAGAAGUGCUGACAUCUGAAAACGAGGUGGCGCAGAAUUUAGAAGAGGAUGAUCUAGAAUAUGAGUUCAUGGUACCAAUGCCACAUGGAACGGCGCUUGAGGCUGUCAUACAAAAUUUAGAAACGGAGACACAAGAGGGGCUGCCAACAGAGGCCGAGCUGGAGCAGACAUCGGAAAUAGAAAGGCCAAUAUUUGAGAGGGAUGGACCGCGAAAUUCAGAGUCGGCUAAUACAAAUGACCCUCGAAGAGUCGAUGAGCUAAAUCCAGAAUGCCUGCCCGAUGGUACGUCGAUUGAAGACAAGAUGGAAAUGGAAAAAUCAGAAAAUGAGCCGAUGAUAAAAGAAAAUAAUGUAUUUCGUGAAUCAAGGUUCACUCAAAAACAAGAAUUAGACAUUCCAGUAGUUGAACCGAAAGAAAGACCAACCAAUGUAUUGCGUAAUAUAAUACUCGCUCACAAAAAAGAAAUGGACACUCCAGAAACUGGGGUAAAAUUAAAACAAGAAACUGUGUACCCUUAUAGAGCUUUCAUUCGAAAGCUAGAAGCAGAGAUUCCAGAAUUUCCAAGUAAGGCACCAAAUAAUGUAGUACCCAUUCGCAUAGAAGAAAUGGAAAUUCCCGUGGUUGACGAAGCGUUAUGUAAUGACGACGCAAAGAGUAUUAAAAAAAGAAUGAGUCCCAGGCGAGGACCAUUGCCUAACUAUACAAACUACAGAAAAUAUUCAGACUCAAGUAUUUCAGCUCAUAAUCCACCAAGACAUAGCAGCUGGGAUGAAAAUUUUAUACAAAAUAUAGAAAAAUUAAUGUUUUCCAAAGCCUUUAGAAGAUCAUCAAUACAUAGAAAAAUGCGAAGACUUACACCUUUUUUUCUGGAUUUCUGUCGACGAGAAUCCGAAGAAAAAUGGGCUGUGUUUUAAAGCUAUACCGUGUUCAAUUAUUUCAGAGAAUUAAGCUCCUGCGAACCACGAAUGAAACAAGAUACCCUUAUGCAGAAGAGACAUUGAUUGUGCGUGUUUUUCUACUAAAUACCCUAAUUGCUGGGGCUCACCCUUAUUAAGCUUCCGAAAUGUAGAUUUUUAAUACUAUAUGACUCAAAUAUAAAUUAAUAAAGAAUUCCUCUUUAUUGAAGCAAA